AUGGACCAUCAUGCUGAUCAAGAUGAAGAGUUCCAACUAGCUAAAGAAGAUGGGAAGCCUAAAGAUGGUGCAACCAAAGAAGAUGAUGCCUUAGUCAUUUCCAAUGGCCCCAUAACUCGAUCCAAAGCUAAGAUACUCAAGGAAGCUAUUGGAGGAUUAAUCAAGAAGUGUUUGAUGCAUGAAGAAAGUCUUGAAGGAAGCUUGAUACUUCAAGAUACACUUCUCACCGUUGAGAUUGAUCAAGGACAAGCCGUUGAUGUAAACGAUGACCUCGCUAGAGAGAUGACGUUCUACACUCAAGCCCUCAAAGGGACGAGGCAAGCUUUCGAGAAGCUCCAGGAGAUGGGACUGCCUUUCCUCAGGCCGGCGGAUUACUACGCGGAGAAGGUGAAUUCGGACACGCACAUGGAGAAGGUGAAGUCUAAGCUUCUGUACGAGAAGAAGCUGAUGGAGCAGUCUGAAGAGAGGAGUAAGGCUAGGGAUAACAAGAAGAUGGCUAAGGAAGUACAGUCUCAGAAGAUGAAGGAGCGCGCUAAGCAGAAGAAGGAUGAGAUUGAGUCUGUCAAGAAGUGGAGGAAACAGAGGCAGCAGAGUGGGUUUAUCGAGAAAGGAGGUGCUGGAGAGCUUGAUCUUGAGUUUGGAAACGGAAAGAGUUUCCAGAGAGGAGGUGGUAAGAAGAGACCAGGUGUGUCUCCCGGUGAUGGUCUUUAGCUUUGUUGUAUUCCCAAAGAAUCAUCACAAAGAAGUACAUGAUUUUAGCUUUGUUGAGAGUCUACAAGGUCCAUGUAUCUUAGCAUAUAAUCAUGUAUAAUCUAAUCUUAGCUUUGUGGUUUCUAAUAAUUUGUA